AUGGCGCUGUAUGAAACUUCUGAUGCUUUGAUGUGUAGGGCGUUUCCCACCACUCUAAGAGGGCCGGCCCGCACGUGGUACAUUGGCCUACAGACCGGGACGAUCGCCUCCUUUGACUGGCUCGUCAAGGACUUUGAACUUAACUUCUUGGCCUACGCCCGACCAAAACCUUCCGUUGCACUGCUCCUCAAACUCAACCAGAGGGAGGACGAGCCCCUCUCCCAUUUUGUGAAUCGUUUUGCAACACAAAUCCAGGGAUUACCGGACGCUCAUCCCUCUCUGUUAAUGCAGGCGUUUAUGAUAGGCCUGCGACCUUCCACAUUCUUCUGGUCCCUCGUGGAGUGA